GAUGUCAAGAAAACAGUUCGCCAAGACUUCACCAUGAAUAAAAACAAGCGUGAAAAAGAGUUCUACAGUAUAGAUGUUGGUGAUUCGACGUUUACAGUUUUGAAGCGCUAUCAGAAUUUAAGACCUAUCGGCUCUGGAGCGCAAGGAAUCGUGUGUUCAGCAUAUGAUCACCUCCUCGAUCGAAAUGUAGCUAUUAAGAAACUUAGUCGGCCUUUCCAGAACCAGACCCAUGCGAAACGAGCCUACAGGGAGUUGGUGCUGAUGAAAUGUGUGAACCACAAAAAUAUCAUUGGCCUCUUAAAUGUUUUCACGCCACAAAAAACAUUAGAGGAAUUUCAAGAUGUAUACCUAGUGAUGGAACUAAUGGAUGCCAACCUCUGCCAGGUCAUUCAGAUGGAGCUGGAUCAUGAGCGUCUGUCCUAUCUGCUCUACCAGAUGCUGUGUGGAAUAAAGCACCUCCACGCAGCUGGUAUCAUUCACAGGGACCUGAAACCCAGUAACAUUGUAGUAAAAUCUGACUGUACCCUGAAGAUCCUGGACUUUGGAUUGGCCAGGACGGCGGCCACCGGCCUGCUGAUGACACCAUAUGUGGUGACACGUUACUACAGAGCCCCUGAAGUCAUCCUGGGAAUGGGCUAUCAGGCCAACGUUGAUGUCUGGUCUGUGGGCUGUAUCAUGGCUGAGAUGGUGAGAGGUAGUGUGUUGUUCCCUGGCACCGAUCAUAUCGAUCAGUGGAACAAAGUCAUCGAGCAGUUAGGAACUCCGUCUCAGGAUUUCAUGAGUAAGCUUAACCAGUCUGUCCGGACCUACGUGGAGAACAGACCGCGCUACGCCGGAUACAGCUUCGAGAAGCUCUUCCCCGAUGUUCUCUUCCCUGCGGACUCCGAACACAACAAACUUAAAGCGAGCCAGGCCAGAGACCUCUUAUCCAAAAUGCUGGUAAUAGACGCGUCCAAGCGCAUCUCGGUGGACGAGGCUCUGCAGCACCCCUACAUUAACGUUUGGUACGAUCCAGCCGAAGUAGAAGCGCCUCCACCUGUGAUCACAGAUAAGCAGCUGGAUGAGAGAGAGCACACCGUGGAGGAGUGGAAAGAAUUGAUCUAUAAGGAGGUUCUGGACUGGGAGGAGAGGAUGAAGAAUGGGGUGAUCAGAGGUCAACCUUCUCCAUUAGGUGCCGCAGUGAUCAACGGCUCUCCCCAGCCCUCUUCCUCCUCCUCCAUCAACGACGUGUCCUCCAUGUCUACUGACCCCACCAUGGCCUCUGACACGGACAGUAGCCUGGAGGCCUCGGCCGGCCCCCUGGGCUGCUGCAGAUGACUAUCAACCUCCCCUGGAACAACCCUGUGUGUCACGUGGUAUCAGAUUUAGGCCAAUCUGUUUGUUUGUUUGUUUGUUUUUUUGAAGCUACUUUUUUUUGGUGAAUUCCCAUUUGAAUGCUGAUUGACAUGCUGUAAAUAAUUGUGGCUUAUGUUUA